AUGCCGAGUAAAAACAAAAUCGGAGGGUAUAUAAGGCGGGAUAGACCAACCGAAGACAGAAGAAGCAGUACGCCGAGGUAUCAACCGCCGUCGACAACGGGCGAGACAUAUUGCUCGCCACGUUUGGGUCCACGCUAUCGGACCUGGAUGACGACGACAACGACAACGGUGAAAUGGCCGCCGCAUCGGAGGAACUCGGCCGUCGCAUCGCCUCCGCCACUAGUCAGGCCACCGUCCGCCGCUGCCGAGACAACCGCAGCUGUACCACCGCUGCUGACAUCACCGCCAACGUCGCUUGCAACGCCCGGGUACUUUACCCGGCCACAGCCAACGCCAACGCCGACACCGACCGGGUACUUUACUCAGUCGACGCCGCCGUCACCAACGCCCGCAUCACCGACGCCGACAACACCGCCUGCCGUACCAUCCACCAUCCCCGGAGACGUCCUGCGGACCCGUGGGAACGAUCCCGCCAGGCCGCCGCUACCGCCACCAGGCCUUCGGACACCGCGUCGUGAUCAAGCACCAACCCGACGGGUCCUGGUACAUUAG